CAUACAGACUCUCGCAGGUCUAAGGUGGACGACGAGUGUGCGAGAAGAGAGGGAGCGAUGACGUCCGAGUUGGCGUCUCAGUUAGAGAGGGCCAAGCAGCUCGCGGCGAGUUUCAGGCCUGGGGAGAUGGUGUCGCUGCUGAGGUCGAUUAUAUAUAGUCAAGAGGAGGCCGACUCAGAGGCGGUGUGCAAGACGAAGGAGAAGGCGAUAUACUACCUCGGGAAGUACUUCGUCCAGUUAGGAGAGGCGCACGAGUUGGCGGGUCUGUUGAGGUCUCUCAGGGGGUUUUUAUCUGUUAUUCCGAGAGCCAAGACGGCGAAGAUAGUGCGUCACCUGAUCGAUUUGGAGUCCGAGAUUCCGAACAACGUUGGUUUGGUGAUAGAGCUGUGCAACGAACACAUUGCUUGGGCGAACGAGGAGAACCGGGUUUUUUUAAGGCAGCGCCUCGAGUUCAAGUUGUCGCAGUCCUAUUACAAGAUCAAGGAGUACCAAUUGGCGCUGGACAUAAUAUCUAAAUUGAUCAAGGAGGUGAAGCAUUUGGACGACAAGCCUCUUUUGGUUGAGACCCAUUUGUUGGAGAGCAAAAUUUAUCAUGGAUUACUGAACUUGACCAAAGCGAGGGCGUCUCUGACGUUUGCCAGGACGUCUGCCAACGCUAUCUAUUGUUCUCCUAGCUUGCAGGCCAACUUAGACUCUCUCAGCGGAGCGUUGCAUUGUGAAGAGAAGGAUUACAAGACUGCUUAUUCCUAUUUUUUCGAGGCGUUCGAAAAUUACGAUCACUGCAUCAAGGACCGCACGUCAGAACCGGUUAACAUUCGGACCUCUUCGAACCUGUCUGAUUUUGACCUCAAUAAUGGGAAAAUGAGCUUUCAGGACAAGGAAAACAUGCGGCUCAGCACGAACUGCCUCAAGUAUAUGUUGCUUUGUAAAAUUAUGUCAAACGUCAAAGAAGAUAUUCACGCUCUGAUCAACGGCAAGCUGGCACUGAGAUACGCUGCUCCGGAGCUCAGCGCCAUGCGCGAUGUCACCACCGCCUAUCUCAACUCGUCGCUGAAGGACUUCAACCUCGCGAUCAACAAGCACAAAGCCGAAAUCGAAGAAGACUGUCUUUUGAAGCGGAACUUGACGAAUUUGUACGACACAUUGUUGGAGCAAAACCUGCUCCGAAUCAUAGAGCCCUUCUCUCAGGUACAGCUCAGCUACAUUGCCUCCUUGAUCGAACUUCAAGAGCCGCUCUUAGAGAAAAAGCUCUCUCAAAUGAUAUUGGACAAAAAGCUGGCGGGCAUCCUGAACCAAGGAUCCAAUUGCCUGAUCAUUUUCGAUGAACCUCCACCUGACACGACAUUCAAGAGCUCUUUGGAAACGAUAUCGGAGAUGAGCAAAAUUGUCGAUAUCUUACACAACAAGGCAUUGAGUCUGUGCUAAAAAU